GUGAACAAACCGCCCCUGAAUUAAAAAGGAUAGGUGUUUCAAAAGCAGGUGUGUCAAUACAAACAACAACCGAAGUACUUGGACUUGAUGCUUGUUUUCACUAAGGGGGUACUUAUCUGUAAGUUGAAUUAGGUUUUAACUACACAUUUUGAUAAUUUCCUACAUUUGUACAUUCACCUUUUCACAGACUUGCUUGGAGCCGCCAUUUUGGAAAUGUUAGCCUUUGACGAACAAAGUCAGCAUAAAAAACUCACACUGGUGUGAAACUUUUCAUGCUAAAUUAAAGAUCUGUCAUUUUGGUAUCUGAAAACUCACAUCUUUGAAACAAAUUUUUUUGGAGAUGCAUUACAUGUUGUAAUUAUCGGGUUUUUUUCAAAGUGUCAUUUAACAAGGACAGAAGCAGAAAAUAUGUUAAUGAUCCGCGCUAGAAGAAUUGUACUGACUGAUUCUGCCUUUAAUCCACCUGACUCGAUGCAAAUAAAAUUGGUAACCGGUAUGUCUUUAUUUUUAUGGUAAUUUGAAUUAAUCAUCCUUUAUCUUUUGUUGAGGUAUUCUCUCAUCACACCCCCCCCCCCAAACACACAGACAGACACACAGACAGACAGACAGACAGACAGACAGACACACACACACACACACACACACACACACACGCACACAUAUGUCGCCAACUGUGUCCUGCUUAUUCAUCGGUUGCGAGGAUAUAAAAGUCAAGCAGAUACAGGAACGCCAAUAUAACGCCACCACGCAAGACCGUUUUCUAGUUCCUUCCGCAGCGUGCAUACAGACUCAAGUUCUUUCGUCAGUAAACAGGUCGUCGACACGUUUGAACGCCCUGUGACGUCAGUGACCCUCCAAACAGUCCGGUGACAUACCGAUACCUGAGUGAGAACAUCCUUCCCCGUGUAGACUCAAUCAAUCAUCAGAAGCGCUCAACCCCCUGACGACCAACCGUCAAGUUUGUGAAAACAGGACUCUUGUCAGCGAUGAAUCAUCAAAAUUCUACAUCCGGCCUGUUGGAGCGUCUGCAAAAUGGCGGCAGUGUGGUGGUGGCCGAAGGGUAUGUGUUCGAGUUCGAGCGACGUGGCUACCUCAAGGCUGGCGCCUACGUUCCCGAGGUGGUACUUGACCAUCCGGAACUUGUCAAGCAAAUGCACGAGGAAUUCGUCCACGCCGGGAGUGACGUAGUGCUGGCUUUUACGUACUACGGACACCGGGAAAAGCUUCGGCUCAUCGGCAAGGAAGAUCAACUGGCGGCCAUGAACAAGAAGGCCUUGGCUUUGGCCCGAGAGGUUGCCCGGGCAACCGGGACGCUGUUCGCCGGAAACAUCUGUAACUCUACCAUCUACAACAGGGAUGACAAAGAGAGUCAGACCAAGGUCGCCGCAAUGUUCAAGGAGCAAGUGGAGUGGUCAGUGGAGGAGGGUGUGGACCUCAUAAUAGCGGAGACAUUCCAGGAGGUUGGGGAGGCGUUGUUGGCCCUGGAGGUCAUUCGAACAUACGGGAAAGGUGUUCCUGCCGUGGUCACUCUGUGCCCGGCGGCCAAGUCCAUGACGUAUGACGGGGUGCCUUUCGGCGAGGCCUGUAGGAGGCUGGAGGAGGCGGGGGCGGCCGUGGUGGGGCUCAACUGUAACAGAGGGCCAGACACCAUGAUACCUCUGAUGAGGGAAAUCAGGAAGGCUUGCAAGGGCCCUAUUGCCUGCCUGCCUGCUGUAUACAGGACCUCCGAUGAGAGCCUCACCAUGCAGUCUCUCCGUGACCCUUGCACAGGCAAGUGCGCUUUCCCCACUGACCUGCCUAGCCACGCGUGCUCGAGGAGUGACAUCGAGAGGUACGCGCGUGCGUGCCGUGAGAUCGGGGUGAACUAUAUUGGCCUAUGCUGUGGUAGUUGCUCCCACUAUCUCAGGAUCGUGGCCGAAAUUUAUGGCCGGACGCCUGGGGCUAGCAAGUACUCCCCAGAUAUGUCGGAACAUUACAUGUUUGGUGACAAGUCCAAGUUCAGCGAGUACUCGACUAAGGGGCUAAUAGAAUACGCCAACGGAUUUUGAUAAGCUCGUAUGUCACUGCUACGUGGAUUUGAGCGCCGGAACACGAGACUAGGCCAAAAUCUGUGUUCUGUCGAAUUGAGCAAAACAGCAACCUUUUGUCUUUUAAAAAACAUCGGCAGACUUAGUCAUGUAAUAAUUUGGCUUGGGUUCAACCGUACCUAUCUUUUUUUUUUUCCUUGCAUAAUCCCUCUCCGUACCGUGUUCUGUGUACCAUUCUUAGAACGGGAAAGACAGAACAAUAACGCUCAAUUUACAGAUUACAACAAUCCACUUGUUUUUAAAUGUGGGAUUUUGGACCAAGGCUUGGUACUGUUCUCGGGUCUCCAUUAUUGCAUUUAUUUCCUCGCCGCAAUCCGCUGGCACAAAAACAUCAAACAUAUCCACCCCCCCCCUUCUCCUACUCCUCCUCUUCCUCCAUCCUCUAUCUACGCACAUGUAUAUUUAAUCAUCUCAUCUUGGGAGUUUUUUGUUGUUGAAUAAAUCAUCUUUUUAAAACUCUACCUAACAUUAUAUACUUUCUGUAGUAAGAGUACGUACAAUAAAAUUUUUUUUCGCCGCUGUGUUUGUUUGUAUUAUAACCAUAUUCAAUAUGUUACAUUUGGGCUGUUGUCAGUCUCUCGAAGCGAGCAAAACUGACAAUAACAAAUAACAUAAAAGGAGAACUAUGGUGUCAUCUUUACCAGAUGACGUGAGCACACGUUUAUGCAUGACUUUUGUGCGUCAUAUAUAUUAUUAUACAUAUAAUAUAUUGAAGAAAUCAUAAAUUAAAGUUUGCAGACUUAUAAUGAAUUUUUACUGCCUGUGAUGAGGGUUUCCAUUUUCGACAUGAAUAAGAAAUGGAGAUCGUUAUGACUAUAAAGAAUAAACUUUGUUUAGCGGCA